ACUAGUUCGGUUCGGUUCGCGGUAUUAAGUCGCGAUCCGUGUGCGGUCACACUGCGCUCUGGGAAAAAUAACGUAUUUGCUGGCCAACCGUUGUUGUUGUUGCCCCCGCUUCCUGCAGCCGAGGAACGAAACUAAAACAAAAGAUUGCAAUAGAGAUCUCGAUCUCCAAGCGCCACCAGUUGCCCAGUGCCCAGUGCCCAAGGAAGCCACCGAUUCCCAGGGAGCAGCAGAAAGAGAGAGCGAGAGAGGAGAGGAGAGCCCGAGUUCAGUUUGUUUUUGUUGCUGCCGUGGUGUGAGUGAGUCAUGACGUUUCGGACUCGGACGGCGUAGAAAAAGCCAGUUAACCAGUUGAGCAGUUGGGCGACGUGCAUUGCAUAAAGCGGGAGCAGUCGGAUCCAUUGCAUUCCAGGAUCUGAAAGGUGAUCCCCGACAGGAGGAGCAGGGAGAACAGGAGGAGCAGCCCACACACGCACACUUGCACAGGAGCAGUGGCACCGAGUGUCACACCACACACGCACACCUACAGGCCGAUACAGCACACACACACUCACACAGAGAGUCUGUCGUCACAGUUGGCUGCUCUUCGAAAUUCGAAAUUCGGAGUUCAGAAUAAUGGUGGACCGCCUGGUGAACUCGGAGGCCAACACCCGGCGCAUCGCCUCCGUGGAGAGCUGCUUCGGCAGCUCCGGCGUCCCGCUGGCCAUGCAGGGCCGCGUCCUCGUCGGCGAGGGCGUCCUGACCAAGAUGUGCCGGAAAAGGCCCAAAUCCCGGCAGUUCUUCCUCUUCAACGACAUCCUGGUGUACGGCAACAUCGUGAUCGGGAAGAAGAAGUACAACAAGCAGCACAUCAUGCCGCUGGAGGAGGUCUCGCUGGAGUCGAUAGCCGACAAUCAGGCGUACCGGAACGGCUGGUACAUCCGCACCACGACCAAGUCGUUCGUGGUCUUCGCGGCCACGAGCACCGAGAAGCAGGAGUGGAUGGCGCACAUCAACAAGUGCGUGGAGGACCUGCUGCGCAAGAGCGGCAAGAAGCCGGUGGAGAACCACGCCGCCGUCUGGGUGCCCGACACCGAGGCCAGCGUCUGCAUGCACUGCAAGCGGACGCAGUUCACCUUCAUCCAGCGGCGGCACCACUGCCGCAACUGCGGCGCCGUCGUCUGCGCCGGCUGCUCCUCGAAGAAGUUCCUGCUGCCGCAGCAGAGCACCAAGGCGCUGCGCGUCUGCGACGCCUGCUACGAGCGGCUGAAGCAGGUGCCGAGCAGCGAGGACUCGGGCGCCUCCGCCGCCGCCGCCGCUGGAGGCAACAAGCUCAACACCACGGCCGGCGACAGCUCCAACGACGAGGACUCCGACGAGGAGACCGCCUCCCCGGGCGGCGAGUCGCACGACGAGCCGCGCUUCUACGGCGACAACAGCGUGCUCUCCGCCGCCGACGACUCCUCGACGAUAGCGUCGCCCUCCUCCGCCACCUCAGAGGCUCCGCCGGGGGUUCAGGGCGUCCAGAGCACGCCGGCUGCCGUGGCGACGAUGGGCAGCAACUGUUGAGCGGACCACACAGCAAGUGAUUAUGCAAGACGAACAACGGAAGCGAUGCGAGCAGGAGGAGAUCAAGGAGAUACGCAAGAUGACCCUUUUCAAGGCGCGUCCCAAUCCAUUUAAAUAGUGCUCGAGGGAGAACCAGGC